AUGACUGUCUACUUGACUAAGGCGAUGAUGUCCAAAUUAAAUAAGGUGUCGUAUCCUAAUAUGAAUACACCAGAUGACGAUAAUAAUAGUGACCACUGGGAUAAACUUACUAUGGACAGUAAAGUAGGCUUAAGACUAUCAAAAGAAAUGAUAUGCAGAGUUUGUGCAAGGAAUGGAUGUUUACCACUAAGUACAAAAAUUUAUGAUUGUGAUAUAAUGGGAGCGAUUCGUAGUCUCACUAAUAUAAAUAUAAAUGCUGAUGAUUCAUUGCCUAAAUACAUAUGUUCAGAAUGUCUGGAGUCUCUCAAAGUUGCCAUGAGGUUCAAAAAGAACUGUGAAUUGUCCGAUAAGAAGUUUAGAAAGAUACUGAAUCCUAUGGGUGAUCCCCUACUUCACUCAUAUCCAUAUUCAAAACAUGACUUUCAACUUAUAUUACAUCAAAUGAAAUUAAAAAGAAUGGAAUCAGAACAGAAAGCGGAAAAAGAAAGAAGGAGAAGGGAGAGACUGUUACAGAAGAAGGAUCCUAAAAAUAAAGAAUUCAAAUGUUCACCAUGUGAUAUGAUUUUUCCAACAAAGGACAAGUUAGUGCUGCAUCGCCGCGAACGGCAGUGUACGAGGCGAGCCUGCGACAUCUGUGGACAACUUGUUCGUAGUAUAGCGCAACACAUGCGGCACAAUCACGAACAGGGUCUGCUGCACAAAUGUACUACCUGCGGCAAGGAGUUUCCUAUUGUAGCCAGGCUCAAAAACCACAUGUUGGUACAUACAAACACUUUCAACUUUUUCUGCGACCUGUGCCCAUAUAAAUCGAAGCACAAAUAUUACCUGGUGAUGCACAUGAGAACCCACACCGGUGAGAAGCCGUACAAAUGUGCCCAGUGUCCAGCGACCUUCGUCAAUCCAUCCAACCUGAAUAAACAUAAACUUACACACCAGGAAAAACAGUUCAAAUGUAUGCUCUGUGAGAAAGCUUUUCGGACCGGCACAGCUUUAUGGGAACAUCACGACGCGAAGCAUAUGAACAUAAAACACACAUGCACAUACUGCGGACGGGACUUCUGUUAUAAAUCUGAUCUACGAAAACACGAAAUCAGGAACCACAAUCGCGUGAAACGAGAUUACAUUGGAGGUGAGCCGACUUACAAACAAGUGGAAAGGUUGCAGAAGAUUCAAGAAGACGAAAUGGAAAAGUGGAGACAGCAACAGAUAACUGAACCUAACUUCAUGAGUGUACCGGACCCUAAAGAUUUUGUACAGCAUAAUAUGUAUGUCUCAGAUGUAGGGCCUAUCAUACAACCCCUUGUGGAUCUUGACUUGUGGUGUUGA